AUGUCUGCAGAGAAUUUGCCGUGGGUGGAGAAGUACAGACCGCAAUGCCUAGACGACGUCUAUGGGCAGACGGAGACGGUGGGCACGAUUAGGAAGUUUGCCAAAGAGGGCCGAAUUCCGCAUCUGUUGUUCUACGGACCACCGGGGAGCGGCAAGACGUCUACGAUCAUUGCGCUAGCUAAGGAGUUGUACGGGAAGAACUACAAAAACAUGGUGCUCGAGCUGAACGCGUCGGACGACCGAGGUAUCGAUGUCGUGAGAGACCAGAUCAAGAACUUCGCCAGCACGAGACAGAUCUUCACAACCGGGUUCAAGCUGAUCAUCUUGGACGAGGCGGACGCGAUGACAAACGUGGCGCAGAAUGCGUUGAGACGGGUCAUCGAGAAGUUCACGAAGAACACGAGGUUCUGCAUCUUGGCAAACUACUCGAACAAGCUCAACCCGGCGUUGUUGUCCCGGUGCACCCGUUUCCGUUUUGCCCCGCUUUCCAACGACGCCGUGAGGGAGAGAGUCGAGUACGUGGCCAAGAUGGAGCACUUGCACAUCGAGGCGGAGGCCAAGGACACGCUGGUGUCGUUGAGCCACGGAGACAUGCGGAAGGCCUUGAACGUGCUGCAGGCGUGCCAGUCGGCCCUCGACAACCCGGGAACGGACGAGAUCGACUCGGACAUGAUCUACGACUGCAUCGGGGCACCGAAGCCACGGUCCAUAGAGACCAUCUUUGACGCCAUCGUGAAGAACGACUGGGCCGACGCGUUCAGCACAAUGAUCAAGAUUCGCCGGGUCGAGGGACUAGCGUUGAUCGACCUCAUCAACUCCUUCGUGGACGUCCUCGACAAGUACGAGCUCAAGCCGGCUACGAAGGCCAAGCUUCUCCAGGGCCUUGCAGACAUCGAGUACGGCAUCUCCAAAGGCGGCAACGACAACAUCCAGAGCACUGCUGUCAUAGGGUGCAUUAAGGACGCCCUGGAGUGCGAGGCCUGA